UUUCAGCUGAACUAUAUAAACCAUGAGUGAAGUAAAAAAAUACAAUAUAAUGGAAAAUACGCUUCAAGCGAUAAACGAGAAUUAUGUCAAGUUGCCUCUGGAAGAGGUGAGAAGAAAUAAUGUUAUUAUGAAAAAGAUUAUUUGGGGAGUUGUGGAGAAAAUGAGGAAAAACGUUCUCUUCGAUAAACUUUUCUCUACGAUAUAUUAUGGGGGAAGUUACUAUGACGGAUUGAAGGUAGGGCAUCCAGACGAGUACGAUAUAGACAUGUUGCUAGUUUUGCCCAAGAACUUAGCCAAAAUUGUUAUAAGUACUGUGCCAGGAUACGUCCAUGCUAUCUUGACAAAUAAAGAGGAACUUGCUCGAUUUUGUGAAUCUGACACCAACUAUCUCGACACUGAAAAAAUUUUGAAUUGGAUUCAUGGAGUACUAACCAAGGCACUGAAUGAGUUUACUUAUGACUCGCCACAUAAUAUUUUUAUUACCUAUUGUAAAGCAGGUCCUGCUUUCACGCUAAAAAUAAGAGGAGAAAUUGAUGGUUUUAUUAUCGUAAUGGAUAUAGAUUUAGUUACAUGUAUCAAGUUUGGAAGCGACUGCUGGCCUACUGGAGGUUAUCGUCCGAAUCCAUGUUUGGGGGACGGUUUUUUCUUUAUUGUGCCAAAAUUGCCAAAAUCCGUCCAAUAUCAUCCAAGCCGAUAUUGGCGUUUGUCAUUUCAAGCACAAGAGAAGAGUAUAAUACAUGGAAAGGAAAAACUGAAACCAGCAUUGAAAUUGCUUAAGAAAAUGCGGAAUACUUUGCAACAACCAAUUGACAGUUACCACUUGAAAACGAUAGUGUUGUGGGAAGUCUUAGAAAACCCACAGCAUUUCUCCUAUGAUAAGACGCUGAGCUAUGUGUUUAUGCAUAUUUUGAAACUUUAUAAAGAGAAGAUAUCGAAAAAGAAAAUAGAAUAUUUCUGGAACAAAAAACUGAAUCUCAUCGAUAAUAUGCAUGAUGAUACUUAUUUAAAUAUUCAAGGACGUUUGGAAAAUAUCAUCAAACAAAUUGAUAACAAUCCCCUUGUUAUUGCUUCUUAUUUGCUGGAAAAGGAUGAGUUGAUAGAAUUCACCAAGUCGAAAAUUGUACAAGAGAUACCAGUAGUGCCUCCAGAACCGGAAAGCUCAUGUAUUAUUUUAUGAAAUGAGCAUAAGAAUGUCAAUAUGACUAGCUCUGAACAAUACCAAUGUGACUAACCUAAUACCAUAAUCAAGUUUUUGUCACCAAACAAAUCAAUUUGGUUGCAAAUGUUUUUAAAUAUAUUUUUAUGAAAACGGUUG